CUACCAUCAGCUGUGCACAUCAAGGUCCUUCCAUGGUCCCGGAACGGAUUGCCACUAAGGUUGUUUCUGCCCAAAGAGCAGAGAGGACUACAUAAAUGCAGAACUGGAUCUCCAUGAUAAUGAGGAAGAGAAGGAAGAACUAUCACAAGCAGAUUCCGUGGUUUCGGAUGCAGCCCUUUCCUACAGUGGUAGAGCACCAACACUCUCAUAUAAGCAAGACAAAGAAAGAGGAUGAAGAUCAGAUUGGAGCUCCCUUGGAAUUAGUUCCUUCCAUCUUUGAUUUUCUUCAUGUAUCACAACCAUCGGUGGAGUUCAAGAAUGCCAAAAUGGAAAAAAAGAAUUCUAGGGUUGUAAUUCCUAAAACGGAGUCCGCAAAGAAAUGGAGAAAACUUCCCUACUCUCCUCAAUGGAUUAGUAUGUUGGAUGUGGCUCAGAAAAUCAUGGAUGAGGAAGACAGAAUUAAAAAAAAGCAGAAGGCGAGUAAGAAAAAAGGAGAGUGCAAACAAGCAGAUGAGACAAUUGGAGAAGGAAAGAAAGAGAAUAAAGAGGAGCUCUUGGUUGAAUUAUGUGAUGAGGAGGGCAUGCAGGCAAAUACUGUGCAGGAUUUGAAAGCCUUGCCAGAACAGCUACCAUCUCCAGGGACAUCACAUAUAAGGGCAGAGAAAGAGAUUUUAACAGCUGAAGAAAUAGAGGGUAUCAUCCAGGAAAUUGUAGCCCUCAGGGCUAAGGAGAAGCUCUCUGAAGAAGCCAUGCAAAUGGUCUUCCAAGAUGGCUCUUCCAUCAAUCACCACAAACCACAUGGUCAUAGAGAGAGGAGGAUGCCAUACUGACUGUUCACACAUCAGUCACUAGUCAGAAACAAAAGUGUGCACAGCUGCCUUCAAAGUACCAUUAAAUAGCAA